AUGUCGCUCACCUGGAAUGUAGUUGAAGUCAGGGUGGCUCACAAUGCCACAUCCCGCUUCGACACCAUCCGCAAUGCCGUGCACGCAUACCUCACAUCCUCCCUCUCCGACAUCUACCUACCCUCGGUCAUACAAGGCUGGGAGGACGUCCCACUACUCGCCUCCUCUAUCGAGAAGAUCUCCGCAGCAGAGUGCCCUUGUCCGACCGCGUCGCUCCCGAUCGAACAGACGGCCCUGCAAAUCCACGUCUACCAGCCGACAGACACGGACGCUUUCGAGGAACUGACAAGCGGGAGCGGGCGGGGCGAAGACGAGCAGAUCAUGGCCGCUAGCGUCUGCGAGCUUCCGAGCAUGUCGUGGGAAGGUCUCUGGGAGAGCUUGAUUUACUCGGACGAUAUCAAGGCGAGGCUACUCGACUACAUCUACGCCACUGUCGUAUUCAGCGACGCCGACGUCGACUUCAAUGUCGUAUCGUGGAACCGUGUUGUUUUGCUUCAUGGUCCUCCAGGCACAGGCAAGACGUCUCUUUGUCGAGCCCUUGCGCAAAAGCUUUCUAUCCGUCUCUCGCAUAGAUACUCGCAUGGCCGUCUUCUAGAGAUAAACUCUCAUUCACUCUUCUCUCGCUGGUUCUCCGAAUCCGGAAAGCUGGUUCAAAAGCUCUUCAGUAGCAUUAUGGAAAUGGUCGAGGACGAGGAGACCUUCGUGAUCGUUCUCAUUGAUGAGGUUGAGUCGCUGACAGCCGCUCGCGCUGGUGCGAUGGCUGGAACAGAGCCCUCAGACGCACUGAGGGUCGUAAAUGCUCUGCUCACGCAAUUAGACAAGUUGAAGCACAGGAAGAACUGUCUAGUCAUGUCGACAAGCAAUCUCGCUACAGCAAUCGAUUCUGCCUUCGUCGACCGUGCGGACAUCGUGCAGUACGUCGAUCUUCCGCCUCGAGAAGCGAUAUACGAAAUCCUGCGUGGAUGUCUAGCCGAGCUGGUGAAGAAGGGCAUCGUUGCGGAUGUCGAAGUCCCCAGCCUUCCUCAGGCUCAGAUUUUCGAGCGCACGGCCGACUUCUCCAACCUAAGUCUUGAUCCGUCACGCGUGGACCCGUCGCCACCUUCUACCUCGCAGACGCAGGCCAUCGAAGCACGCGAACGCUCAAGAACGCUCGCUAUACGUUUGCUCAAGCUAGCACAGAAAUGCAGGGACCAAGGGAUGUCUGGUCGUUCACUUCGACGUCUGCCCGUGCUGGCACAUGCUCGAUACAUCGGCUCGCUUCCAACAGGAGCUCCGCGCAUCACUCCAAAAGCCAGCGGUUUGCCCAAGACCGCCACAGUGCCCGGAAGCCAGAGCUCUCAUGGCGGAGGUGCGGGGAUAGAGACGUGGUUGGAUGCCAUGGAGCGCGUUGUAGAGAGCCAAGCGACGGAACGGAGUCGUCUGGCGCAUUAAGGACGACUCGUGUAGAAUAGUGUUGUACUGACGUGCAUGUAUGUUGUACUAUAGUGAGUGCCCAAUACUUGUUGUCACCGUACAGAGUAAU